AUGUCAAUUAAAAACUUCUUUAGCGCAGCAAGAGUAUACGCAGUUGUCGGUGCCACCCCAAAUGAAACAAAAUUUGGAUAUAAAGUAUUCAAUUGGUAUUUAGCUCGUGAAUUACCAGUUAUUCCAGUUCAUCCAUCAGCAACUCAUAUUCUUCAUGUUCCAACAUCACAAGAUAUUGCAUUAGCUAUUAAAAGAGCCAAUGAAGAAUAUCCAAAUAAUGAUGGGAUUAGUAUUUCAUUUAUAACACCUCCAAAAGUAUCAGAAAGUGUAUUGAAUGAAAUUGAAACAAAACAAUUAAAAGAUCAAAUUAAAGGGGUUUGGUUUCAACCUGGUGCUUAUAAUGAAGAAGUCUUGGGUGUUGCUAGACAUUUAGGAAUUGAUCCUAUUGUGGAAAAUGGAGAUUGUAUUUUGGUUAGUGGUGAUUCUUAUUCUGUUAAAUCAAGUCUAUAA